GCUGACCCGGGGCGCUGGCUUCCCGCGCUGCUACUGGGCAGGCUCCGCUGAUGGGCGCAGAAGCAGACGGUAGCCCGAGCCUACAGCAGCCCUGGGGCCGGCGGAACGCGGCAGGCAGGGGAUGGAAUGCUAGUUCUGUCCCGCCCUCUCGAGCAGCCAAUCCGCGCCGCCACAGAAUGUUGCUGUCUCCAGUGUUCCAUGGAUGGAACCCGGAGCCGGAACCCCCGGGCAGGGCGGCGACCGCUCGCGCUCUGCCUGCCCGCGCGGGGGGCACGUGCUGAGGGCUCUCCACACAGGCAAGGCAGGGGAUGAAGGACCGGCUGCGGCUGCGGCUGCCCUGCCAGGUGCCGCCUACGCUUGGGAAACAGGGGGACCGGAAGGGCAGGAGGAAGCACGCGAGGGUUUCCUGAGAUGAGAGAUUACUUCCGUCCAUCCAUCCUUCCAGCCACCCGCUUCUCUGUCUGCAGGGGGUGGGUUGGGGGAGGCUGAGGAAACAGCACAGGGGCUGUGGGCAGCUGCGUCUACCCGGGACUGUGGGGAGAGGGGGCAGGGGUGUUUCUUGACUUGUCCCAACCCAGACACAGCAAAUCAUUCGGCCUCAGGCCAGCUACUUAAACCCCCACCCCUUCCCAAAGCCAUGGUGGCCAAACAGCGGAUCCGGAUGGCAAACGAAAAGCACAGCAAAAACAUCACACAGAGAGGGAACGUAGCCAAAACCCUGCGGCCACAAGAAGAGAAAUAUCCUGUAGGACCAUGGCUGCUGGCUCUGUUUGUUUUUGUUGUCUGUGGAUCAGCUAUCUUUCAAAUCAUUCAGAGCAUCAGGAUGGGCAUGUGAGAAGCAGGGAAUCGACACUGACUUUACCACUCAACAUGGUGGACCAGAUACAAGUCUAGCCUGGCAUACACGUGAAGAGGUCUUACCUGACAGUGCCUGCGCAUUUCUUCUUGGGUGGGUCAGACCAAAUUACCUUUUGACCUGUCAUGCUGGUACAUACAUGUUUUAACUGCCACAACAGAAAAGGACAUUUUGCUUUUCUAUUGACUUAAUGCAUUAACCACAUUGGUUAGCUAUUCCAGUGCUGUUCAGUUGAUUUAUUUAUUCUCUUACCUAAUGUAUUUAUGUGAUGGCUGUGUAAGUGCUUCUACUUUGUGUGUAUAUUAGA